AUGAAUCUACACGAUAGCCUCCCCUCUGAAAUAAGUAUUGGGCCAUCCUUACGAAUCUGCCAGCUAAACGUCGAGGGAAUUAGCUUGGCCAAGUGCGAAUACCUGCACAAAAUGCUGACGAAACACAAUGUGGAUGUCUUAUUGCUACAAGAGACGCACACAAAAGACAUGCAAGAUCUCGAGUCCAGAGGAAAGAUCCUAGGAUACAACAUUAUUUCUGCACACAAUCACGCAAAAUAUGGGAUUGUAACCUAUGCUAGGGAGAGCCUAACGGACAUCUCCAUCCUGCCAACUAAAGUAAACCCUAGCAAUUUCUACUUAAUAGCAAUCAAAGUCCAGGACACCUCGAUUGUAAACAUCUAUAAGCCCCCUGCCCAAGAGUGGGGAGACGGACUGCCGGUGUUCCCGCACCCCUGCAUCUUCGCGGGCGAUUUCAAUAGCCACCACAUUGCAUGGCGCUACGAUUCCAAUGACCUAAAUGGGAUCCACCUGCAACAAUGGGCAGAACAAAAUAGUUUUCACCUGGUUUUCGACGCAAAGGAGAAGGGGUCCUUCAGAUCUGCUCGAUGGAAAAGAGACUAUAACCCAGAUCUCACAUUCGUAUCAUGCGAAUCAUCAGGUGUUCCUUUUCCCAUAACACGAAAUAUUCUUUGCAAUUUCCCCAAUAGCCAACACCGUCCAGUUCUGAUGAAGACAGGAAACCAAAUCCCCUUAAUGAAAUCAAUGCCUCUCCCUAGGUGGAAUUUGCAGAAGGCGGACUGGGUUGCCUUUGCAAACGACAUGGACUCCGCUAUAAGAUGGAUUCCUCCAAUUGCCGAAAAUUAUUCGAGGUUUGUCGGGCUGACGACUGCAACGGCAAAGAAGUAUAUUCCGCGGGGUUACAGAAAAACCUAUGUCCCUGGUUGGAGUGAAGAAAGCGAACAGCUUUACCGACAAUACAAAUCGACCGGAGACCAGGAAAUAGGACGGAACCUACUGGAGUCACUGGACACGGAGCGGAAAAACAAGUGGUUGACCACUGUGGAAAAGAUGGACUUCAAAACGUCAAGCAGGAAGGCAUGGAACGUUCUUAACAAAUUAACGGGCAAAUCGGGCUCAAGAAAUGUAUGCGUGUCUCAAAAACUAACUGAUUCCAUAGCCAACCGAGUCGUCGAAACGUCACGUGUAAAAGGUGAUCGGCCCCAUACUAAAACCGUUAAGAAACUUAGCCAAAACUGCAAGAAAGAGCUCUCGGCUGACGAAUUCAUCUCAAGACCUUUCACAGAAGAGGAAACAACCUACGCCAUCAAACAACUUAAGCUAGGCAAAGCAGCGGGAGAGGAUGGCAUCUACAAUGAAUUCAUAAAGAACUUGGGGCCAAACUGUAGAAAAUGGCUUACAAAUUUCUAUGCGGACAUACUGGCUAGAAAUAAGCUGCCCCCACUUUCAAUUUCGCCAAAAUAG